AUGUAAGUAACUGCAGAAAAAAUUUGUUCCUUUUCAAAUCCUUUAUCAUCUCCACAUGAAGUCAAUGGAUCCAUCUAUAUGGUAUCUGAGAAUGGAGACAUUUUGAUAAUGAAUAAUGAACUCAGAAUUGAUACAAGAAUGGGUGGACAACCAUCAUCUAUAACAAUUGAAAGAGAUCAUAUUGUAAUUUAUAUAGCUGACAUGGCACAUUAAGCUAUUACAUAUAGACAAUUAAACUAAUUAUAAUCAACUAAUUAAAAUUAAGAAGGAGCAAAAGAUUUUGUUACUGAGUAUGAAGGAAUGCCUUUCUUAGGUCCUAAUCAAAUUAUUAUAUCAUAUAUCAAUAUAAGUAAAUUUAAAUUAUAUUUAAAUUAUUAGAUGCAAUCUAUUUUACAGAUUCAGGUCCUUUUGGAGAAACUAGUGUUGAAAAUCCUAUUGGCUCUGUUUUUAUGGUUGAUUUGGAUGGUUAGGAAAUAAAGCCAACUGCUCUAGCAUAUAGAUGUUUAGCUCAUCCAAGUGGAUUAGCUUUAAGUCAUGAUGAGAAAAAUUUAUUUGUUAGUGAAACAUGUGAAAAUCGUAUCAUUCGAUUUGUGCUUACAAAUUCAGGAAUUUAUGCAUUUAGGUAUGAUUUCUCAAAUAUUAUUAAGUGUUUAUCAUCAAUUCUCAGGUAGAUUUGGACCUACUGCACUUGUUAUUUCUUAAUCAGAUUUUCUUUAUGUUGCUCGUUUUGAAUUCUCUGUAGGCAAUUAAUAGGAUAUGGGUUUGAUAUCUGUUUUAAAUCCUUAAGGCUAACUUUUAGAAAAUAUUUUAAUUCCAGGAAGUCCAGAAAUAACUGGUAUGUGUUUUUCAAUAAUAAAACCAACAAAUUUAUAUUUGACAGAUAAUUCUAAUGGAUAUAAUCGUUUAAUUAAAUGUGUUAUUCCAUUAGAAGAUAAAGAUGAAGAAAAGAAGAAAAAAGACAAGGACUCUUAUAAAGUUAAGUGA